GCUUCACUCGUACACGGCGACGCUUUCACCCCAGUGAGCUGCGCUUGCUUCUGGCAGAAAAGCUCACACAUGGCUCGGUCUCGACGACUCUUUCACUGCUCUCUUCAGCCUUGCUUCACUUGUCCCUCGAGCUCAGCUUUAGUUGCCUUUUGUUUAACCGGGGCAUGGCCGCUAUAACAACCCCGGACCUACGGCUCGCACGGUCGCCACGCACCCUUCCGCCAUGGGGGAGAUCACAGCGUGCCUGCGCCCGCUGCGCCUGCUCUUCGUCGCCUUCGCCUUCGUCGCGCGAUGCGGAGGAGCAAGAAUGCUGAGACCAGAGGAGGAGCUGCGAGGGCGUCACUACCACCACUCUUCCUCUGACCCCUACUACAGCACGCCGGUGAUGCCUCCCUACGGCGACGUGUUCGGGCCACCAAACCCACCUCCUCCUCCCGGCUCUCCCAACUGCGGCCUCACCCCGAACGCGCCGCCGCCGCCGUCGGCGACCACCGUCCCGGCGCCGGCCUUCGUCUACUCGUCCCCGCCGCCGCCGGAGCCGGACUACUACUACCCUCCACCGUACAUCAGCCCAAGCCCACCUCCCACGGAGACGCCGCCGCUCCCGCCCAUCGUCUACCCAAGCCCACCAGAGGUCGCGCCGUAUCCCAGCCCACCGGAGGUCGCGCCCAAUCCGCCGGAGAUCGCGCCCAGUCCGCCGGAGAUCGCGCCGUACCCGAGCCCGCCGGAGGUGUCCCCAAGCCCACCAGAAAUCGCACCGUAUCCGAGUCCACCGGAGAUCUCCCCGAGCCCACCGGAAAUCGUCCCAAGCCCACCUAGUUACGAACCCAGCCCGCCCAGCUACGAGCCAACGCCACCGAGCAUUGUGCCGAGCCCGCCGGAGUACGCGCCGGAGCCACCAACCUACGUCCCGAGCCCCCCGGCAUACUACGCGCCGGAGCCGCCAGCAUACGUGCCGAGCCCGCCUGAGUACGCACCAGAGCCGCCGACGUACGAGCCGAGCCCGCCGAUCUACGCACCGUACCCUCCGGGGAUCGUGCCGGGCCCGCCGGAGAACGCGCCGGAGCCGCCAGGGUCCGUCCCCUCACCCGGGGGCAGCUUCAUGCCGCCGGUGGUGUUCCCGCCCCCGUUCGCGACGCCGUCGCCGGGGACGGUGGGCUCGGAGUGGUGCGUGGCGAAGCCGUCGGUGCCGGGCCCCAUCGUGCAGCAGGCCAUGGACUACGCGUGCGGCUCGGGGGCGGACUGCGACUCCAUCCAGCCGUCGGGCCCGUGCUUCCAUCCGGACAGCAUGGUGUCGCACGCCUCCUUCGCCUUCAACAGCUACUGGCAGCGCACCAAGGCCAACGGCGCCACCUGCGACUUCGGCGGCACCGCCAUGCUCAUCACCAAGGAGCCAAGCUACGAUGGAUGCCAUUACAUUUUGAUGUGAUCCCGUCACGGGGUCCUUCGGGAGCUGGGACCCCCUAAGCAGAAUUUUCUGAAGAUUAGUGGAACUAGAGGUACAUGCUGUUCUAAUGAUUGUGAGGGCAGUUGCAGUGGAUCACUGAUUUUGUAUAGGGUAAAAGACUCCACCCAACCUAUUUAGAUGGUAUCUAACUCCUUUUCCCCUCUUUUUGGUACACACUUCUUAUUGUUUUGUAUUAUUCUGAAUAAGUAAUGUAAUUUCAUAGAAGUAAAUAA